CAUCUUGAAUGGGCCAAGUAGGUUAGUAAUACCAACGUGUAGCUGUUGAGCAAUAUUUAACUUUCAUUGAGCGACCUACACUGGGCGUGACUUUCUGAAAAUCUUGGAUACUCGCGUUGUUCGCGUAUUAUCUCCUCAUUUCUCGUAAUAUCUCCCACUGGACUCUGAUGUUUAAUUUGUGCGGUGAUGACGAGCAGUCUUUCGCUUUUAAAGUAACAGUCGCAAAACUGGACACGUCGUGCGAAGUGCUUCAUAAAGCCUGUUUUCCUCCGGACCAGUCUCCUAGGUUUUCUCACGCAGAGGCUCUUUGAUAAUGUUGGAGUGUUUAUUGGCGAUCUUUAUCUCCGUGCUGCUGUUCUGCGCUUUCUGCGGACGCAGAAGGAAGGACGGCGAGCCCCCGCUGAUUAAAGGCUGGAUUCCAUUCCUGGGAAAAGCUUUAGAAUUCAGAAAAAACUCUCAACAGUUUCUUACACAACUGCAGCAGGAGCAUGGAGAUGUUUUUACUGUACUUAUAGCAGGAAGGUACAUAACAUUCAUAAUGAACCCUCUUCUGUACCCGUCUGUGAUCAAACAUGGAAAACAGCUGGAUUUCCACACGUUUUCAGACAGCGCAGCAUCCAGGACGUUCGGUUACCCACCGGUCCGGAGUGGCCUCUUCCCUGGAAUGAGUGACAGCAUCCAGCGGAGUUACACUCUGCUGCAGGGGCCUGCCCUCGACCCGCUCACGUUCAGCAUGAUGGGAAACUUACAGCAGGUCCUGCGACACCGUUUUCUGCCCAGUGAAGAGUCUGGGUCUGAUGGCGACUGGCGAGAGGCGGAACUAUAUGAGUUCUGCAAAUGUGUAAUGUUUCAGACUACAUUUAACACGCUAUAUGGACAUUCGUCAAAUCUGCGCCUGGAUCAGCUGCAAGAGGACUUUGAGAAGUUCGAUGCAACUUUCCCUUUACUAAUGGCCCGUGUUCCCAUCGCCUUGCUGGGAAAAACCAAAGAAAUUCGUGAGAAGCUGACAAGAUUUUUCUAUCCUCAAAGAAUGGCAGAAUGGAGGGCUCCAUGCGAGUUCAUACAGACCCGAUCGGCCCUGUUCCAGGAGUAUGACACGCUUCAGGACAGAGAUAAAGCAGCACAUCAUUUUGCCAUGCUGUGGGCAUCAGUGGGAAACACUAUCCCAGCAGCCUUCUGGUGUCUUUUCCACCUCAUCUCUUGCCCGGAAGCCCUUGAAGUAGUGAGAGCAGAGAUUGUCAAUGUGGUUGGAGAGAAGAACAUGCAGUUGGUCUUUGAGGAGGACAUCACAAUUACACGACAACAGCUAGAACAGAUGGUUUACCUGGAGAGUUCAAUAAAUGAGAGUUUACGUCUCUCCUCUGUAUCAAUGAACAUCCGUGUGGUUCAAGAAGAUUUCUGUUUGCGUCUGGAUGCCCAACAUUCAAUCAACCUACGAAAAGAUGACAUUGUUGCUCUUUACCCACAAACCACACACCUUGACCCUGAAAUAUAUGAUCAGCCUCAGCGCUUCCAGGUUGACCGUUUCGUGGAGGACGGAAAGGAAAAAACAGAUUUUUAUAAAUGUGGCCAGAAGGUCCGGUACUAUCGUAUGCCUUUCGGCUCUGGAGCCACGCAGUGUCCAGGGCGUUUUUUUGCGAUGAAUGAGCUGAAGCAGUUUGUGUGUGCGGCUUUGCUCAUGUGUGAAAUGCAGUUGCUGGAGAGCCAGCAGGAGGCAAUGCUAGACAACGGCCGUGCUGGUCUGGGCAUCAUGCCACCUGCUAAUCAAAUCACUUUCAGAUACAGAACCAGAAAACCAGGGGACAAUAUGAAGAGGGAGGAAUGAACUAAAUGAAUAGAGAGAUAAUGUCGUCUGUUCGUUGCUUGGGUGUUUUCCUUUCAUUUUUUCACAGGGUUUGUGCAAAGAUUUUGUAAAUAAUGCAAGCUGCAGUAUUCAUAAAUAACACUGCCAUGGAAAAAUCUUGUCUUUGAAUGAGCUAAAAAUACAGUAUACACUGCAGUUUGAAUCAGGGUUUGAUGCAUUACAGUGAACAGCUUUCUAUGUAUAUGCUACUGUGACACAAGGACAGCUUUUCAAACAUCUUACCUCUCAUAAAUCAAUUUGAUCACAUCACUGGGUGUAAAUAACAAUUACAAACUCAUAAAGUGGCAAAGGCUGCACAAGACAGUCAACUGGAUUUCAUGUCAUUUCUUGAUUCCAGCAUUGAAUAUUAAAAGGUAAAUGUUUCUGCUGUUUUAUUUUGUAUAUUUUUUUAACCCUUAGAAUUUGGUCAGGAUUAUUCAUAAAGUCAUAAAAUGUAUAUUGAAUAAACAAAUUGCUGUUCAAAAGUUUGGGAUCAGUAUGAUUUUUAGUUAUUUUUGAAGUCUCUAGGCUCACCAAGGCUACAUUUGAUUAAAAAUACAGUAAAAAUGUUUUGACAGCAAUUACCCCAGUGUUCAGUGUCACAUGAUCCUUCAGAAAUCAUUGUAACAUGCUGAUUUAAUGCUCAUGAAACAUUUAUUAUUAUCAGUGUUGAAAACGGCUUGCUGCUUAAUAUUUUUUAUGGAAACUGGUAAACUUUUCUCAGGAUUCUUUGAUGAAUAGAAAGUUCUAAAAAAUUGUUUGAAAUUGGAAUCUUUUGUAACAACGUAAAGUCUUUACUGUCACUUUUAAUCAAUUUAGUGCAUGCUUGCUUAAAGUAUUAAGAAAAAAACUUAAUACUGACCCAAACCUUUGAAUAGUAAUGUACACAAAGCACUACUUAUUUAAUGGUUACUGGUUGAUAUUACAGUUUUUUAAUAUCACUACUGGUCAGUAUUUCAUAUUUUAUCAGUCAAUAUUGGAAACCUAAUUAUGCAUACUUAUUUGCCUUGCCAUUUAUCUUUGCUGUGAUAUAACAUCCUAUUAAAUUUCAUCUUUAAAAACACCU